CGCCCAAUGACGUAAUCAAUUUGCGACGUUGACCGGGCACAGUCACCAGGGCAACAGGAGAGAAGAUGGCGGAGACGGCUAGUGUGGCAUUGUUGCGGGAGGAUGGCAACAAGUAUUUUAAAUUGGGAGACUAUGAGAAAGCCUUAUCCUGCUAUACACAAGCAAUUGACCUAUCCCAGAACUUGUCAGAGGGCAUGAUCCUUUACCGCAAUAGAGCAGCCUGCUACCUUAAAUUGGAGGAGUACUCAAAGGCUGAAGCAGAUGCCUCAAAAGUAAUCGAAUCAGAUGAGAAGGAUGUGAAAGCCCUGUUCCGUAGGAGCCAGGCUCUGCAGGAACUGGGCAGACUGGAUCAGGCGUUUGCUGAUAUCCAGAGAUGUGCUGUUCUGGAACCAAAGAACAAGGUUUUUCAGGAAUCACUGCGGCAAAUUGCAACAAAGAUCCAGGAGAAGGUCCGACAACAGUCUUCUACAGAUGCCCGUGUAGAGCAGAUGUUUAACAUCCUCUUGGAUCCUAGUGAGAAAGAUUCUGACAAGAAACAAAAGGCUGUUCAGAAUCUGAUUGUUCUUGCUCGGGAAGAUGCAGGGGCUGAAAGGAUUUUUCGCAGUGAUGGGGUGCAUCUUCUCCAGAAGAUGUUGGACACUGGGAAUACAGACAUCGUGCUGGCUUCACUCCGGACUCUAGUGGGACUGUGUUCAGGCCACCAAUCCCGGGUGACAGUGAUUUUGCACACAAUAGGAAUGGACAGGUUCUGUCGCGUGAUGGGCAGUGACCAGGAGCAGGUUUCCCUAGCAGCAUGCAAUGUUCUGCAAAGCAUGUUCGAUUCAUUGAAAGGGGGAAUAAAAAGUGAUAUUCGAGGAAAAGAGGAGGCGGUGGUUCUCGAACCUUUGAAGGAAUUGAAGAUGAUGAUUCACCAGCUGUUGGAGAUGUUGGUUCAGCCGCAGGUGUCCACUCAUGGCCGAGACAAUUCUGUAAACCUCCUGAUUAAGCAUGUUCCCCGGAAAUCCUUGCGUGAUCCCAACAACGCCAUGACCAUUUGGGUAAUUGACCAGGGCAUGAGGAAGAUUCUUGAAGUGGCUGGCACAGUUUCAGAAAUUCCCAACAGCGUCUCGAUAACGGAUAGUGGUCGGAUGAGCGUGUCAGUACUGCUGACCAAGCUUUAUGAUGACCUCAAAUGUGACGCAGAGCGAGAGGCCUUUAACAAACUCUGUGAGGACUAUGUCAGGGACCGCUUUGAGUCUUCAGGACUGGAUGGAAAGCUGCAGGCCAUCCAGACUGUGUCCACCCUACUACAGGGGCCCUCAGACGUUGGUAAUCGAGUACUGGAGAUGAGUGGGAUCUUGGAGUGCAUGAUAGCAUUGUGCAGUUCUGAGCGGGAGAUUGACCAACUGGUGGCUGUGGAAGCUCUCAUUCAUGCUGCAGGCAAAUCAAAACGGGCUUCAUUCAUCACAGCGAACGGGGUGACGCUUCUGAAGGACAUCUACAAGAAGAACGAAAGUGAUCAAAUCAAAAUUCGAGCUCUGGUGGGUCUGUGCAAGGUGGGAUCUGCUGGUGGGACGGACUACAGCAUGAAGCAGUUUGCUGAAGGUUCGACUUGCAAGCUGGCAAAGCAAUGUCGCAGGUGGUUAUGUAACAACUCAAAUCAGUGCAGCACUCGGCGUUGGGCAGUGGAGGGAUUGGCCUAUCUGACCUUCGAUGCUGACGUGAAGGAGGAGUUUGUGGAUGACCAAGCUGCAGUACAGGCUGUGUUUGAACUGGCAAAGUCAGAAGAUAAAACUGCUCUCUUUGCAGUUGCCUCCACCCUUGUGAACUGCACGAACAGCUACGAUAAGGAGACUCCUGAUCCACAGCUUCUAGAACUGGCCAAAUACGCCAAACAGCAUGUGCCAGAGGAGCAUCCCAAGGAUAAACUCAAGUACGUGGGGAAACGGAUUGGAAAACUCCUGAAGGCUGGGGUGGUGUCGGCAUUAGUUUGUAUGACAAAGAAGGAGAGUCCAGCCCUGACAGAUUCCUGCAAAGAGAUGAUUGCGCGUGUAUUCCUAGCUCUGGUAGAGGCUCCAGAGGAUCGUGGAAUUGUAGUAGCUCAGGGUGGAGGGAAGGCUCUGAUUCCUCUGGCAUCAGAAGGCACAGAAGUUGGUAAGACCAAGGCAGCCCAGGCCUUGGCAAAGAUAGCUAUCACCUCAAACCCUGAGAUUGCCUUCCCUGGAGAAAGGAUUUAUGAAGUAGUCCGACCUUUGAUCGGCCUUUUGCAUCUUGACCGUACCGGGUUGCAGAACUUUGAGUCGCUGAUGGCAUUAACCAAUUUGGCUGGUAUUAGUGAGAGACUACGCCAGAAGAUAAUUAAGGAAAAAGCCAUUCCAAUGAUUGAGAGCUACAUGUUUGAAGACCAUGAAAUGAUCCGAUUGGCAGCUACUGAGUGUAUGUGCAACAUGGUACUGAGUGAGGAGGUCCAGAAUCUGUUCCUGGCUGAAGGGACGGAUCGUCUGAAACUGCUGGUGUUGUACAGUGGUGAAGAGGAUGAGAAGUUGAGGUGUGCAGCUGCGGGUGCUGUAGCCUUCUUAACAUCGCUGCAGCCGAAACUCUGUAUCAAAAUGACACAGGUGACAAGCCACUGGUUGGAGAUCCUUCAAGCACUUGUGCUGAGCUCAAAUGUCGACCUGCAACAUCGAGGGCUCGUCAUCACUCUCAACUUAAUGAACGCUGAACGGGAGCUUGCAGCCCUGCUCAUGGAGACAGAGAUGUUCGAAAUCCUGUCUGCUUUGAAUAGGGAGGGAGAUGAAAAGAAAUGCAAGGUGUCAGUUGUUGCCCAGGAUUGUCUCUCACAAGCAGUGGAGUAUGGCCUAAUAAAACCCACUGAGGAGGAGACCAGCCCUUAGUAAAAGCAAAACAGGACAUUCCAGGGACACAUGAACCAGCUUGCAGACAACAAACACUCCGACUGUGUGAUACACUGCUGAUUGCUAAUCUUUGGGUGUUAAACCAUUCUGCACAAUGUUUUUAUAUACAGCAUCUAUUGGCUCUUUCAGUUAUACUACUUUGUUGUGAGAGGUACCAACAGGAUGUUGCACCUGUAUUAUAUAAUUAGGUAUGAAGAAAUUUAAUUCAGUGUUAAAGUCCUUCAGGGGAAAAAAGCUCUUGGUUCAGAAUAUUUAUCAUUUUUUUCCUUGUGCUCAUCUCUGCUGUAGAUGCUAGCUUUUACUCAUUCUGUGGAUACCUGAACCCUCUCAUUGUAGCCCCAGUGACCACCCAUUGAUUUUGUGGAUGGGAUCAGUGACAGUCAGCAAACUAAUGGAUCCUAGAGGCCAUUGUAGACCAUGACCUUGAUCGACUUCUGGCCUGGCUGGGGAAGCCAGGAUAUUUUGAGCAGAACAUUUCUGAGAUUACUGGUUUAGGUCAUUGAAUAUUUACUGCAUUCACUCUAAUAUUUUACACAUUCUCAACUUGGAUUAGCUUGUAGCAUUUUAUUAUGCUGCCUUUGAACUUCAAAUCACAAUUUGAACAUCUGAUCUGCAUUGCCACUGAGGAGUUCAGUAAGCUUUGGAAUCUAGGUGGGAGUCAAUAUCUGAUUUUUACCACAGAAGCUGCUCCACAUGAAUACUAAUCUUUUAGUGUGAUCGCAGACUUAGUAGCUUCCUAUAAACUAGUUGCCUGUAUGUGAUGAAAUGAUAAAUCUGUUUAAUUAUCAAAAUGAGCUUCAUCGACACUCUACACCCUGCACAUUCAUUGUUUUUCACAUCAUCAAUCUUUGUUUAUUAAUGUAUCAUCAGUACUGAUGCCCUGUGUUUAAUUAACUAGAACUAUUCAAAGCUUGGCCUGCGAGUUGUUGAUUAUGUUAGUUGCAGGCUAGUGUCUUUUAUGUUUAGGAUGAGGUGCAUGUGAAAUUGACAGAUGAGAGUAGUUCGUUCAUCAACUUGUCCCCACAAGCCCAGUGGAUGGACCAACAAGGCUAAUUUUUUUUUCCCUUGCAUGAUUUCUGUCCAUGCCCCUCCCCUCCCCCCUCCAAAUCCAAAUGGGUUCAUGAAGUGGCAUAGACCAAGCAUCACCAAAGAUACUUCAGGAUGAUAUAGUUUGUACUCCAGGGAGGAAUUGAUGGAAAUCGUUUUAAAGAUGUGGAGAGAUCAUUAGCUACCCAAUCAGUGGCAACUAAUUUUGGAGACACUAUUCUCCAGGAAAAGAGGAGGGACCCAAUCUGCCGACUCAAUCCUAAGCAUCCACUGUUUGUUUGAAUUUAAUUGAUUUGAUUUUUUUAUUGUCACAUCUAUCUAGGGACAGGGAAAGGUUUUGCAUGUAGUACAGGCAGAUAAUACCAUUAGAAGUCUGAUAACAGAGAGAAAGAAGCUUCUUGAAUCUGUUGGUACGUGUGUUUAAGCUUUUGUAUCUUAUGCCUGAUGGAAGAGAGUACAACUAGGAUAAGAUGGGUCUUGGAUUAUGUUGUCUGCCUUCCUGAUGCAACAAAAAGUAUAGAUGGAGUCAGUGGAUGGAAGGUUGGCUUGUAUAAUGGACUUUAAACUAUCAAGGAGAAAGUGAGAA